UCAGAAGCUGCUGUUGGUGUGGAUUAACGAGAAGAAGUUAAAAGGUUUAGAAACUGAAAAAGAAAUUCAAACCGGCAUUCAGCAUAUAAUAGCCGAUGUAAUAGCAAAAGACAGAAGAGUACUCGAUUUUGUGAGGCAAAUGAGUCAGAAUAAACAAAUUCGUAUCAUCAGCUCAAAAACAGCAAGUGCUGAAAAAGAAGAUCGGCAAGCCUGUAUUGUAGGAGGAAAAACUCAGAAUUUUAAAUAUGAAAAUUAUUUUGAUCUGAAUAUUCUUCUGAGCAAUGUUGCACCUCAUCAGGUCAUGGCCUUAAAUCGGGGAGAGAAACAGAAAGUUUUGAAGGUGAAAAUUCAAAUUCCUGAAGGAGUCAAAAAAACAAUCACCAGUUUUAUUUGGAAUACUUUUUUUAAUAGAAAACAUAUGGAUAAAGCAACAUAUGAUUUCUUACAAAUCUGUGUAUCAGAUGCAUAUGAUCGUCUCAUUGAACCUCAUGUUUGUCGUCAAAUUAGAUCCGACUUGAGUAAACAUGCAGAGAAGGAAUCUAUAGCCGUAUUUUGCUCAAAUUUAAAGAGCCUGCUCUUAACACCCCCAGUUAGAGGGAAAACAGUAGUUGGAGUUGAUCCUGGCUUUACUCAUGGUUGCAAGAUUGCUGCUGUUUCUUCAAAAGGUGCUGUGUUAGCCACAGAUGUCAUUUAUCCACAUUCAAAGUCUAGGUCCUGUUAUGCGAGCGAUGCUGAAACACUGAAGUCAAUGCUGACAACAUAUGGGUUAGCUUUGUUUGUUUUUCAGGUAUUAUGCAUGAACUGUAAAAAGAAAGUUGUAAAAUAAAAAGAUUUUCGUGUAGUUAUA